AUGUCUCUGCAGUACCUGGAAGAGUUUCAGCUGGACCUGGCGCCGGGUGCAUCGGUGUGGCAGGCGCAGUGGCUCCCGCGCGGGAUCGUCGCAGGCACCUCGGAGGGCCGUGUGGAUGCCGUCGACCCCCAGCAAGGCACGCCGAUGUCUAGCGACGUGUCUACGCCGCAUACGCUUGGCGUUGUCGCGCUCUCGGCGAGUGCAGACGGCGAGCGCGUGCUGAGCAGCAGCAUCGAUGGCCAGGUCGCCCUGUGGCACUGGGACGGUGCGCGCCUUGCGCUCGGCGCGUCUGCCGAGCUGAGUGCGGCCGAGGUCGAGGGCACGGCGUACGGCACGCAGGCGUACGCGAGUGCGCUGCACCCUAAUGGCGACGUCUUUGCGGCAGGCGGCGACGGCCUCGCGCCUGCGCUCUUUUCCGCGGCGCCGUCGACGUUUGGCCACGGCGUCGCGCGGCUGUCUGUCGACGAAGGCGACGGCGACGGCUUUGCGAUGAAGCUUGCGUUUAACCAUGACGGAACGCUCCUUGCGCUUGGCACGAGCAGCGGCAUGGUGCUGCUCUUUGACGUCGAAACGCGCGCGCAGAUCGCGCUGGUCUGCGACCAUGCGCAGCCCGUGCGUGCGUUGUACUUUAGUGCCCCCACCUCUACCUUUUCCGACCACCUGUUUGUCGGCUCGGACGACCGCACGACGACCGUGCACGACCUGCAGAAUGUGCGCGCGACGCGUGUGCCAAGCACCAUUACCGCCCUGCAAGGCCACCACGGCUGGGUGCUCGACGUGCAAUCGAGCGGCGACGGCCGCAUCGUUGCGACGUGCGCCUCGGACGGGCUCGUGCAGCUAUGGGAUCUCGCGGCGUCGCCGGUGGUGAGUGUCGCGACCUUUUCGCAGCCCGCGCCGGUGUGGGCACUCGCGUGGAAGCCGCAGGCCCCCAAGACCGCCGAGCAGGAUGCCGUCUCGACGCAGCUCCUCGCCCCCGGCUCCGACUUUGUCACAGGUGGAGAAGACGGCACCGUUCGCCGCUACCGCAAUGCCGGCACUACGACGGGCGCCCAAGUCGAUCCAUAG